CCAAUAUCUAAUAUCAAAUGGCUAUUCUUCUGCAGCUCUUGAUAAUCAACGAAUGCAUGGGGAAUCUUUAGCAAAUUCACCAGUUGAGUUUCUUGGGCAUCAGAAUGCUUACUAUGAAGAGUUGUUUCGGAGGUCACAGUAUGGCUCGCAUUUUGGAAAAUCUAGCACUAUGAACAAUGGUUUCCAUGGAAAUUCUGCAUUUGGUCUUGGUAUUCCUCAUCGUGGAAAUCUGAUCAGGUCUCCGAUGUUCCCUAACACCCCCAUUGCAUCGGGUGGCCCUGACAGGAGCAUGGAACAGAUCGUGCGUUUUCCUUCCACUUUAAGGAACAUGGCUGGCAAUUUUGGGGGACCAUGGCCUUCAGGACCUGGCUGUAAUUUGGAGGAAAGCUUUGCAGCUUCCUUGUUGGACGAGUUCAAGGGAAAUAAAACUAGGUGUCUUGAGCUUGCAGAGAUUGCUGGCCAUGUUGUUGAGUUCAGUGCGGACCAGUUUGGAAGUCGCUUUAUUCAACAGAAGCUUGAAACUGCCAGCGCACAAGAGAAGAACAUGAUUUUCCUUGAAAUUAUGCCCCAAGCUCUUUCCCUUAUGACAGAUGUCUUUGGUAACUAUGUGAUUCAGAAGUUUUUAGAGCAUGGAAGUGCUUCCCAGAUUAGACAACUGGCUGAGCAGCUAAUCGGGCAUGUUCUGACCCUUAGCCUCCAAAUGUAUGGCUGUCGUGUCAUACAGAAGGCACUGGAGGUUAUUGAACUCGACCAGAAGAAGGAAAUGGUUGCGGAGCUUGAUGGUCAUGUAUUGCGCUGUGUGCGUGAUCAAAACGGGAAUCAUGUCAUACAAAAAUGUAUUGAAUGUGUUCCUGAAAAUGCCAUUGAGUUUAUUGUUACUACAUUCUAUGAUCAAGUUGUUACAUUGUCUACCCAUCCGUAUGGUUGUCGGGUGAUACAGAGAGUCUUGGAGCAUUGUGACAGUCCCAAAACUCAGACUGUAGUGAUGAAUGAGAUUAUGCAUUCUGUUUGUAUGUUGGCUCAAGAUCAAUAUGGAAAUUAUGUCAUUCAGCAUGUACUAGAACAUGGAAAGCCUUCUGAGCGAUCUGCUAUAAUUCGCCAAUUAAUUGGGAAGAUUGUAGAGAUGAGCCAGCAGAAGUUUGCUUCCAAUGUAAUAGAGAAAUGCUUAUCUUUUGGAACACAUGAAGAACGUCAGGCCUUGGUACACGAGAUGCUUGGUAGCACUGAUGAAAAUGAGCCUCUCCAGGUAAUGAUGAAAGAUCAGUUCGCAAACUAUGUUGUUCAGAAAGUGCUGGAGACGUGUGAUGACCAGCAACUUGAACUGUUACUUAACCGAAUAAAAGUUCAUUUGAAUGCUCUUAAGAAAUAUACUUAUGGGAAGCAUAUAGUUGCACGUGUAGAGAAGCUUGUGGCUACUGGAGAGAGGAGGAUCAAUGCCCUGUCUUCAUAUUCUGCGCAAGGAGAAUGAAGAAGGAACUUUGUACAGCUAACUGAGAAUAGUAUGAGCUUGUUUGAUAGUCUUUCUAAUACUAGAAAUGUGACUUUCUGUCGUUUCCCUAACAGACAGAGAUGUUUGGAAUAAAUAAUGCUGUUUGUACUUCUGAAGUUGUACAUUCUUAGUUAUCAGGAUAUACCUAGAGUGAGAUUCAUGAGGCUUAGAUGGUAAUCAUACCAGGUUGCCUUUCGAUGAGAUAUGUUUCUGGUACUAGUUGAGGGUGUAAAGAGAGGGGGAAACUGAAUGUGUUGUGAUCGUGACUGUACAAAUGUGGCCUUAUGCAGAGUUGUAGUAUUAAUAACUUAGGAGAGCCCCGUUUUUCCUAUAUGUAUGGAUUCAUAAUGUUUUUGUUUUGAUUAGAAACUUAAAUCCCAAUAUAUUUCAUGUUGUUUU